AAACGGAAAACGGAAGUCGUGCGUUUAAUUGGCCUUACUAGCUUCACAGCUACUGUCUCUAACAGCAUGGAUAGCAUGGAGAAAUGGCCAGAAAUAGAAACGGCAGUGGCAGAGAAGAGGCGUGAACUGGUUUUACAAGGUUCUGCUAUCGACAAGAGAAUUUCCUCUAAUGGGGGGCUUACCUCCUCUAUCUAUUCUCUCACCCUGUUGAAUUAUCUAGAAGUUAGCCAGUGUCCGAGUUUGACAGAGAUCCACGAGGACAUCCAGCAUCUGACAAACCUCCAAAGCCUCAUCCUAUGCAGGAACAAGCUUGCCUUCAUCCCGAAUGUCAUCGGCAACCUCAAGUCCCUGAAGGUCCUGGACCUUUCAGUCAACAACCUCCGGGUGUUGCCAGAAGGCAUCACCCAGUUAAAAGAGCUAAACACUCUUAACGUGAGCUGUAACGACCUGGAAGUCCUGCCAGAGGGACUGAGCAUGUGCCCCAAGCUCUCCAGCAUCAACAUCUCUAAGAAUCACAUCACCGGUUUCCCCGCUAACUUCUACUCGGAGCGACUGGGACUCCUCAGUACCCUGGUGGCCUCUGACAACUUGGUUGAAGAGUUAAGUGGGGACAUUCACAAGCUAGUCGCUCUGAAGGUACUGGAUCUGUCUAACAACAAGCUGAGUGAGAUCCCCUCUGAUCUGAGCGACUGCCCCAAGCUGAAAGAGAUCAACUUCAAAGGCAACAAGCUGAACGACAAGCGUUUGGAGAAGAUGGUCAACAGCUGCCAGACCAAGUCCAUCCUCGACUACCUUAGAGGAAAAGGAAAAGGACGACAGGCAGAGGAUGGGGGUGAUGCGGACAGUGGACACAAAACGGACGUGAGAAAAAGGCAGCAGCAGAGGAAGAAGAAGGAAAAGGUGGCACAUGAACAGGAUGAAGUGGAGGAGCUGAACAAGAUGGUGGUGAGGGUUCUCCACGUUUCAGAUGCACCCACGGUCAAAGUGAGUGCUGGGGUUAAGGAUGUCCGACCAUACCUGGUGUGCUGUGUGGUCAGCGGCAUGAACCUUAAGCCUGGGAAUGCUCUCAAACGGUUCCUGAUGGCUCAGACAAAGCUACACGAUGACUUGUGUGGUAGAAGGACCACUGCAACCAUUGCAGCUCAUGAUGUGCAGCUUCUGAAAAGUCCCCUGAUGUAUGAUGUCAAACCACCUACCCAGCUGAAGAUUGUGCCGCUGGGUCGGAAGGAGAUGACAGCUGUGGAGCUCAUUAGACACCUUCAGCUAGAGGCUGAUGAACUGAGGAAGCAGAAGAAGCGGCAGAACGUCACUGGCCUCCAUAAAUACCUGCAGCUUUUGCAAGGAAAAGCACUCUAUCCCUGCCUAAUCGACGCAGAGGGACAUGUGAUCUCAUUCCCACCGAUCACCAACAGUGAGAAAACCAAGAUAAAGAAAACUACCAAAGAGUUGUUCCUGGAGGUGACAAGUGCAACCAGCCUGCAGACCUGUAAAGAUGUUAUGGACGCUCUGAUUGUAAAAAUGGCAGAGUUGAACAAGUUCACGGCAGAGCAUCAGGAGGAGGUGGGGUCAGAUGAGGAAGGGGACAUCCCAAAGCAGCCAACCACCAGUGACAAGACCUCCUGCGAGCUGAUCGUCCAGCAGGUCCGAACCGUCGACCAGGACGGGAACCUGAAGGUCGUGUACCCAUCGAAAACAGACCUCUCCAAAGACAUCAGCAACGUGACUGUCAUUUGGUAGUCAUGUGGCAAACCUGUAAUGUUUGCACUUGUUUACAUGCUACAUGAAGUGUUUUAACAGGUCUGUAGUACUGGAAAAAUGUAGUUUGACCAUUUAUCAGCAUGAAGUGUUGUCAUAUUCCCUUUACACAGCAUCAAAUAGUAUCUUGUAAGGCUUACUUUUUACUUCCAUUGUCAUUGUAUUUAAUAUACAAUACUACUAUUUUCUUUGUUCCAGCUAGUGGAGCGAUAGCUUAACAGCAUUUAAGGCGCCAUAAAACAGAAAUUAUGGAAUUUUGUUUUACUGUUAUCUGAUACACAAAUAUCAAAGACAAGUGUUAUUUUCCAAAGAUUUUAUAACAUACAUUUGACUUUUCAUUACAAUAUUUAAACGGACUGUAAACAUCCUGCCUGGUUUAUUUUUUGGUAAUAAUGUAUGCCCAUACUGUGCACAAAGCUUAAUGAUGACUAGGCCCCAUGCUUGGAUAGUGUAUAAUAAAGCAACCUCAGGAAAGCAUCUUCA